AGCAUAUUCAUCCCCGAGGAAGGCAGUCACCAAAUUCACCGAAGGUUGCUUACUGGUUAUAUGGUGGUUAGAAGUGAGAAUGUGUUGUAAACCACUUCCAUACGAAGAGAUAUCGAAAUACAAUAUAUUUUCACAGGAGUUAAAUCGGCCAGGACAUGGAUGAAUCAUUUUUGGAUUUGGUUUUCAUUAAUAUUUGCCGACUUCAAAAUAAGCGAAAACAAUGCAGGCGGAAUCGUCGCUGGGCGGUUCAUCCCGUUAAUAGAGAUCGGUUGCCAAAUGGGUAUUUUAAGAAAGUCUUCUUAAAAUCAAAACCCGUUGAUAGUAAACUUUUUCUAUUAACAAGGAUGAACCGUUCAGUGUACAAUUUGUUAAUCAAUUUAUUGCGAGGUUUCCUCGAAAAGCCCAAGCAACAAAUUAGUGCAGAAGAGCGCCUUGUAAUAACGUUAAUGUACCUUGCCCACGGGACGCGAUUUGAAAUUAUUGCUUCGAUGCAUAAAAUGGGCAGAACAACGGUCCGCAACAUUGUGUUUGAGACGUGUGAGCUAUUAUGGACCACCUUAUCACCAACAUAUCUCAGCGAACCGACUACGACUCAAUAUAAGCAUAUUGCGGAUGAUUUUUUUAAUCUGUGGAAUAUCCCAAAUUGUGUCGGAGCGGUUGAUGGAAAGCACGUUGCCAUCAUAUGUCCGAAAAACUCUGGCUCGUUGUACUACAACUAUAAAAAAUUUUAUAGUAUUGUAUUGAUGGCAACCUGUGAUGCGAAGUAUACGUUCACAUCAGCCAGUAUAGGAAGCUAUGGAGGACAAAGUGAUGGAGGUGUUUUCCAACAAUCAGCCUUCGGACGUGCUCUUCUAGAGAAUAGAUUGCCACUACCACCGAAAGCCCCUCUGUGGAAUGGAGACACAGAGAAUUUCCCACAUUUUUUUGUGGGCGAUGCUGCGUUUCCUCUCAAGGAAAACUUAAUGCGUCCGUACCCUGGCACCCAACUUACUCGAAGCAAGGAAGUUUUCAAUUACCGGCUAUCGCGAGCUCGCCGCGUAAUAGAAAACAGUUUCGGAAUUUUAACUGCUCGGUGGCGUGUCCUGCGGCAAGUAAUUGACUGUACUCCAGAAAAUUGCGAGAAAAUUGUGUUGGCGUGUUUAGUUCUGCACAACUUUGUGAUGCUUAACGAUCACAAACGUUGGUAUUGCCCAGAUCAAUAUGUGGACGCAUAUAGCACGGAGCAUGGCACAGUAAGUGGAGAAUGGCGUAAUGAGUUGGAAAGUAUUGGUGGUCCAUUGCCAUCAAUAACUUCUUCACGACGCAACGCAACUUCUGCAGCAUUUCGUAUGAGGGACAGAUUGGCGGAUUUCUUUUUAAAUCAAGGGGCGGUUACAUUUCAGUAAAAUAAAUAUAGUUAUAAAUAUAUGCAUAUCGUCGCCUAAGAGAGUAAACUUGUUAACCCUCCACAGAAAUUUUUUACCGCAGAUAAGAAACUGCUAAUAUUCUUGUUAGCAAGUGGUUUACUUUAUAAUACGGUGUACGCAUUAGGCGAUUUUCCAGCCAAUUUUAGAGGCGAUUAGUUGAAUCAAAAGUUGGCCGCACCCCAACUUCAUUGGAAGCAAUUAGUUGAAAGGCCGUUCACACCAGGCGAUUUUGCUUUCAACUAAAAGUUACCUGUAAAAUCGCCUCACGCGUAUAAGCAACACUGCGCUGAAAAUUUUCUAUGAGGGGUUAACAAAUUUACACUCUUAGGCAAAUUCAUAUAAUAAUGUGCAAAUUUCAGAUCUCUAAAAAGUCGCGUUGAUUUUUGAGAACUUUUUUGCUGGCUGUCCUGCGAUUUUUUUUUUCAUAUAAAACAAUUCUGAGUUUUAUAUGGAAAAAAUGCGUAGGAUAGUCAGCAAAAAAAUUCUAAAAAAUCAAUGCGAGUUUUUAGUGACUUGAAUUCUUUUUCGAAAUUCGUAUUAAAAAGUUCGAGAGUUUACUGAAACUUUCCAGAUUUGUCUUAAUUUUUGUACACAGUAUCAUUCUUGGAUUUAAAUAGGAUUUGCUAAAAUAUAAGCCAAAUCGUAAUACAAAAUUAACAAAAAAUUUUAGCAUGUAAAACAUUGUGAAUAUUAACUAAAAAGAGCCGUGCGCUCAAUUUGAGGAGUAACUGUAUAUGUAUGUAUAUUAGACAUUAGAUUAAUAUAUUUUAACUUUUAUCUAAAUGAA